UCUACCUACUCACACACACUUCUCCUCUCACACACAGUACACAAUCUACUGUAUGUGAGUGUUGCAACUACUUAUUUUACGGAAUACAAUACAAUCUCGGAUUCUUACUUCACCCCGGUGGGCACUUCUAAACUUUUUCUCAGGGAUUUUUUUCUCUCACAACCUGGCAACCCAUAGAGAGCAGCAAAGCAGCAGUUGCCAGAACAAGUUGCCAGAACAAGAGGAUGUGUCCUAUCCCUGGAGAGAAAAGAGAGAAGAGUCUGAGCUGAAUCUUAAUGAGGACGUGGAUCUGUCGGAGGAGAUCUGAGGAGACGACCAGGAACAGGAGAGAAGAGGAGGAGAAGGAGGGAUAAAAGAGGAGGAGGAGGACAGAACAUGGGCCAUUCCUGUUUGUGGAUUUUUCUGCUGUCCCUGUCUCUCUCCCACCAGGCAGUCACUGAACAGGCAGAAGCAUGUCGGACGGCGGAGCCUGCAGACCUGGUGUUCUUGGUGGAUGAGUCGUGGGGCGUGGGCCAGACCAGCUUCUCCAGGGUUAAGGACUUCAUCUCGGCCAUCAUGAAUUCCUUUCAGGACAGCGUGGUGGGGUCCGAAGGCAUCCGCUUUGGAGUCACCGUCUACGGAGAUAUACCCAGGAUGCGUAUCGCCCUGACAGACUACAGUAGUCUUGAGGAGGUCCUGAGGGCAGUAAAGGACCUCCCGUUUGAAGGCGGGGCCAGUCGAACGGGCGACGCCCUCCAGUUCCUGGUGGAUUAUGUCUUCAGUGCGGCUAUCACCAGGGACAAUACCCCCAAGAUUGCUGUCCUGAUCACAAACGGCCGUUCGGAUGACCAGGUGGAUGGGCCGGCCAAGGCUGUCACAGACAAUGGAAUCUCUAUCUAUGCAGUGGGGGUGAGAGGAGCUGACGAAUCAGAGCUGCGCAGGAUUGUGACUGAGCCCCACGAGGAACACCUGUUGCUAGCCGCUGACUUCUCUCUCCUGGAUGCUCUCCUGCCCAAACUGUCCCGAAGAAUCUGUUUCACCGCCUCUGAACCCCCACGGCCCGUCAAACACACCCCGGCCGUGGAGGAGCGUGUGGUGGGUCCCCGGGACCUCCAAGUGAGUGAGCUAGCCUACAGUAGUCUGAGGCUGACCUGGAGCCAGGCUACGGGGGAUGUCACCGGCUACCGCCUCCUGGUCACCCCCCUCAGUCCCAAGGGACAGCUGCUGCCCAGCCUGCAGACACAGACUGAUCUGAAAGGUGAUGAGAGGACAUCUCUAGUGACAGAGCUGACUCCUAAGACAGAGUACUCUCUGACUGUCUACGCCAUCUACCCUGGCCUCAUUGGAGACUCUGCCACCAUCAUUACACAGACACCCCCUGUGCCUCCUGUCUCAAACUUCCGUGUGAUGGAGGAGGGCCUCUUCUCUCUGAGGUUGGCAUGGACACCACCUCUAGGGAAGCUCGAGGGAUACAAGAUAUUCAUCCCCAGAUCCGACCGGCCAGGACUGACCUAUGAGCAGGUGCUGCGCGGCGACACCUCCUCCCAUGUGAUUGACAGCUUGGAGGAGGAUAAGAAGUACACCGUCAGUAUCUUUGCUAUCUACCCCCAGGGCCCCAGCCAACCUGUCUCGAUCGUCGGCAAAACACUGAAACUGGUGCCAGUGCAGCAGCUCCUGGUCCAAAACGCCACCACAGACACCGUCCAGGCCCGCUGGGGCUCAGUGAAGGGGGCCACGGGGUAUCGCCUCACCUGGUCCUCCUCAGAUGGCCAUAGAGAGAACGUGAACCUGGGGGAGACCUUUAACUUCUACAUGAUCCAGGGCCUCCACCCAGGCACUGAGUACGCCAUCACCAUCAACCCCAUCUUUGUGGACAUCGAGGGCCCUGUCAUCUCUACCCCAGCCAAGACACUGGAGAGCAGUGCAGUCCAGACUCUGAAGGCAUCGGCAGUGAGCACCAACAGUGCCAUGGUCUCCUGGAACUCUGUCCCUGGGGCCACCGGCUAUAGACUAGCCUGGGGGCCCACUCCAGAGUUUGUGGGUCGGGACCGUCCUAGGCAACUGGCUCUGAACGGCUCCACCACAGAGCACCUUCUGAAGAACGUGGUCCAUGACACAGAGUAUGUCCUGUCUCUUUACGUCCUGUUUGGAUCGCUGGUGGGUCCCGGCGUCUCAGCUACCUUCCGCACCUCCCCUUUGGGAUAUGUGUCUAACUUCCACGUGACUUCGUACACCAGUUCCUCCAUCGACGUGGAGUGGAGUCCUGUCGUGGGGUCCACCGAGUACAAACUCACCUGGAACAUCGAUGGCAACACUCCCCAGUCCCAGUAUUUGGACCGCAGCGUUCUGUUCCACCGCACUGAGGGCCUCAACCCAGAGACAGUCUACAUAGUCAGCAUCCACGCUGUCUACGGCAACACAGAGGGGCCAGAAAUCUCCCUCUCACAGCUCACAGCGUCGGUGACAGAGUCAGAGCUGAUCCAGGCGGUCAAGGAGGUGAAGGUGGUGGAUGUCGGAGUCAACUCCUUCAUACUGACCUGGAGGAGAACACCUGGGGUCACUGGCUACAAGAUCUCCUGGAGCCCCUUCCAUGGUGGCGAUGAGAAGUCCCAGCUAGUCUCUUCCUCCACGACCUCCUUCAUGAUCCCUAAGUUACAGGAGAGCUCGGCCUAUAAGAUCCAGGUGGCAUCUAUGGUGGGGGGCCGAGAAGGGAGCCCGUUCCUGGUCACUGCACGCACCUUGGACCUGCCUAAAGUGAACGGCUUCGCAGCGCUGAACACCACAGACAGCAGUACUUCCCUCAACUGGAUCAGAGUUGCCGGGGCUUCUGGGUACCUGCUCUCCUGGAGGCACAUCUCAGAGUUGGACACCAAAAAGGAGAAGCUUGGCCCUUCUGCCACCAUGUUUAAGCUGAGUGAUCUGCUGUAUGGCAGGACCUACAUCUUCACCAUCAGACCUCUGUAUGGAGAGGUGGAGGGACCCAUCACCUCUAUCAACCACAGGAUAGUGGCCAAGGACCGUCCUCUGGUGCCUGUCCAGUCUUUACCUGCCACGCCUUCCCCUCUCCUCCCUCACACCCUCACCGCCUCCCACCCCAAUGCAGCCAAAGCCACCAAAGCCCACACCCACUCCACCGUCACCAAAGCCCCCUCCAAAACCACCGCCGGCACCGCCAAGAAACCCCCAAGCACCACCAUUGUCAAAACAGCUGCAGCCACCACCAGCGUCGGCCAUCUUACCACCAAUACCAGAAACGUAUUGGUUUUGGAUACAGAGACAACUGUUGGACCAGGGCCAGUGUGUGGCAGGGUGAAGGCAGACAUAGUGUUCCUGGUGGAUGAGUCAUGGAGCAUCGGAUCCAAUAACUUUGCCAAGCUCAAGGACUUCCUGUUCCGGGUUGUCACCUAUUUCCCUGUGAUUGGUCCUCAGGGCACACAGAUAGCAGUUGUGCACUACAGUGAUGAACCAAGGAUAGAGUUCAAACUGAAUGAUUACAAGAACAGGAACUCUGUCCUAAAGGCUCUGAGAGGAGUACACUAUGGAGGAGGCAACACCAAAACAGGGAAGGGUAUGAGCUACGUUCUGAAGGAGCUGUUCCAAGAAUCUCUGGGGAUGAGGCAGGAGGUGCCUCAUGUCUUGGUGUUGCUGACAGAUGGCCGGGCCGUGGACGAUGUGGAGCAACCCUCCAGGAUCGCACAGGCUUAUGGUGUGAGUGUGCUGGCCAUCGGGGUGGCCAAUGCAGACAUGGACGAGCUGAAGAAGAUAGCAUAUCCAGCCAGCUACCAGAACAUCUUCUACGCCAGGGACUUUGAUGACUUCUCCUCCAUAGAGAGAGAGUUCAUCAGCAACAUCUGCAGCGAGGCGCUGCUCUCCGAGUUCAGACAACACGACGAGUCUGCCCAGCUGGACACUCCAACUGAUGACCCUGAUGAGCUGACCAAACCCCAGGGCCCCUGCUCCUUACAGUGCAAGGGGCAGAAAGGUGAAAAGGGAGAUGGCUCUGGUAAUGGUGGACUGAGACUCCAGCAAAACACUGCGAUGUUUGAGUCAAUUGGCCUCAAGUCCAAAGGAGAGAAAGGAGAGAGAGGACUUCCUGGAACAGAUGGUGUCCCCGGGUUGCCAGGACGACCAGGACGAACCGGACCCCCAGGUUCAGCCGGACAACGGGGUUUAGAAGGUGUUCCAGGUGAUCUGGGGCCUCCUGGUAUCACUGGUCCAAAAGGCCAGAGAGGAGAGAGGGGGGAGCCUGGGUAUGUCAUAGGGGGCAUAGGAGACGGCCAUUAUGCUCCUGGACGAAAGGGAGAGCCUGGAUCAUCAGGACCCCAAGGGGCUCCGGGUGUACCAGGGGUCUCUGGACCCUCAGGCCUGCCUGGACAGUCAGGUUCACCUGGGUCCUCAGGGAUAUCUGUUAAGGGGGAACAUGGGGAGGCAGGUGCUAAAGGUUUGCGUGGGAAAGCAGGGGCCAAAGGAGACAAAGGAGAUCAUGGUAAAGAUGGCCAAGCAGGGUUACCUGGUCCCAUUGGAAUUGAUGGUGUUCCAGGCUUCCCAGGUCAAAUGGGAUAUAAGGGAGAGGAGGGGAUCGGGGUUCCCGGUGUCCAGGGGCCUCGUGGAGAGCCAGGGGAGAAGGGAAAUAUAGGCCUAUCAGGACCUGAGGGACUAAAGGGAGAGGCUGGUGUUCAAGGGAUACAAGGGGUUGUCGGACCACGGGGGAAGAAGGGAGUGAAAGGCAUCCAAGGGGAUAAGGGCGAUCGAGGAGAGGUGGGGCCUAUGGGAACACAGGGAGUGACAGGCUUUGCGGGGGCUCUUGGCCAGAAGGGUGAUGAGGGACGGAGAGGAGUUCCUGGUGACCCAGCCAAAGGGAUCCUUGGUCCCACAGGAAAGAAGGGUACCAGGGGUGACAUUGGUCCCAUCGGUCCGACUGGACCCCAGGGAGUAAAAGGGGUCCAAGGAGUCAAAGGAGAGAAGGGUAGUCCUGGGUUCGGCAUUCCUGGACAGCAGGGACCAAAGGGAGAAAACGGUGAAAGGGGAAAUGUUGGCUUGUCUGGGAAACCUGGACCCAAGGGGCACGAUGGCUCUAAAGGGGCAGGGGGAACUGUUGGGGUCCCCGGGAAUCCCGGAGCACCAGGACUAAGAGGUAAAGAUGGUGUGCCUGGAAUCAAAGGAGAAUCAGGACUACGGGGAGAGCAGGGACCAGCGGGUGAGCCUGGUGAGAGAGGAACAAGGGGCCCACUGGGGUUACCGGGACGACCAGGGGACCCAGCAGAGAAAGGAGAUACCGGGAACAUUGGUUUGCCUGGAACGGAGGGAAAGAAAGGAGAGCCUGGAAAACCAGGACCUCCGGGAGGCGCGCAAUUCAGUUCAGACAACAAUAUCCUGACUAGGGUGAUCAAGGGUGAACCAGGACAUCCCGGAGAGCCCGGUCUCAGAGGGGAGACAGGUCUGCCUGGACAAAGGGGUCCUGAUGGAAAACCAGGAUCUCCAGGAACGGGAGGGUCUGUGUCAGGGAGAGAUGGUCUGGAUGGGUUACCAGGAAAACCUGGAUCCAAGGGUGACCCAGGAAAGACAGGCGAGGCAGGAACGAGGGGAGAGAAAGGAGACCAAGGCAGGGUGGGGAUUGCUGGAAUGCCUGGUUUACCUGGGACCCCAGGUAGACCUGGCAUUGAUGGAAAGAGAGGUCUGGCUGGAAAAGAUGGAGAGCAAGGACAAAGAGGAGAUGAUGGCAAAAAGGGUGAUACAGGUGAAUCGGGAACUGAGGGUAAAAAAGGGGAAUUGGGUGCUCCGGGCCCACCUGGUACCCAUGUUCUGGUUACUCAACAAGAGGGUGCCACCCUUGAAGAGAUGAGACAGGCAUUCCCUUUGCCAAUGGGACCUCCUGGGGCUAAAGGUCCACCAGGGAUGAAGGGUGACGCUGGUCUUCCAGGGAAAGCAGCUGACAUGAAGAACAUUGAAGUAAUGUUUGAAGACUAUGGCAUAAGGCUGCCCUUGCUGAAGGCACUGAUUGACAGGCUGCUGCAGGACGGCAUGGAGGAGCUUCUGCAGGAGCUAACCACCUCUAGGAGAGUCAAUGAGAAGGAGAAACACGGCUCCAACAUUAUCACUGACUACACAAGAACUGUAAAGUAUGAGAUCUCCAAGGAGCCUCUGACAGAGAUGGACACCAUAGAGGAGGCAGUUGACUCUGACCUAGACAGACAGCUACCAGAACCUAACUCUGAUGCUUUGAAUGAAACGGCGGAGGGCCCCACAUUCUGGAGCCUUACCCCUCUUAAUGGUCUUAAUGGGGUCCAAGACGUGGGGAGGAUAGAGAGCACCUCUAAGGGGAUAGAGGGGACACUGACAGUGGACGAGGACUUCAGUGAAGCUCCCUCGCCCAAGUUGCCUUUAUCAAACUCAACAUUUAACAACACAACGUCUGAAGAGAGGGUCUCUGAGGUACCAGGGGCAAUAGUAGAAAGUGUUCUCCUCAGUGGGGAAUACUCCUUGAAGAAAAAGAAGAGUCGAGAACGGAAGGGCAAGGGACAGAAAGGACGACAUAAGAGGCAACGCCUGACGAGUACAGAGGAGGAAGCGGAGGAGGAGGAAUUAUACGAUGGGGAUGAGUACAGUUAUGAAUAUGUGGAUUCCACAGAUGAUCCCUUACUGUCAAUGGAAAAGCAAGGGGAGUUUGAAAUCACAACAGAAAGCACAUUACAUGGAAUGAGCAAAGAGAGUGGCCUGACAACUUUAGGUCCAUAUCCAUCCCAGUCACCGGGAGACAGUGAAAAGCAGGGAGAAUUCAUCACACCUAUCCUUCCCAGCACAACGGAAGAAACAGAGAAGGAUUCCACAGAUGAUCCCUUACUGUCAAUGGAAAAGCAAGGGGAGUUUGAAAUCACAACAGAAAGCACACUACAUGGAAUGAGCAAAGAGAGUGGCCUGACAACUUUAGGUCCAUAUCCAUCCCAGUCACCGGGAGACAGUGAAAAGCAGGGAGAAUUCAUCACACCUAUCCUUCCCAGCACAACGGAAGAAACAGAGAAGGAUUCCACAGAUGAUCCCUUACUGUCAAUGGAAAAGCAAGGGGAGUUUGAAAUCACAACAGAAAGCACACUACAUGGAAUGAGCAAAGAGAGUGGCCUGACAACUUUAGGUCCAUUUCCAUCCCAGUCACCGGGAGACAGUGAAAAGCAGGGAGAAUUCAUCACACCUAUCCUUCCCAGCACAACGGAAGAAACAGAGAAGGACCUUUCCUCAAUCCAGAAAGAUUGAGACUGUAGAUUUGUAAGCACGGAGUGUUUGUAUAAACUGUGAAGUGAAGUGUAUCGCUGGUGAGGAGCAGUCUACCCUUAACCUGACCAGCAUAACAUGAGGAGGGACUUCGCUUCGUCGCGCAAUGAUGAUGUUAUUUGUCCAAUGUCACUCGUCCAAUGCCACUUCUAUGACCAGAAUCGUGUUUUAUACUUAAUUCAAAUACCUAAAAGAUGAACAAUACAUAGGUAAAGCUAAGUUAAAUCAAGACAGUGUAUUAUAUAACGAUUAUUGGACUAAUAAAUUCUUCCAUCAGAUGUCAGUGUUAUUUUAGCAUUGACUUUGCAUAACUCAUUAUUAAAGAAGUUGAAAACGUUACAUUGGACCUAAGCUGUAGUAUCUCUCUGUCGCUUCAGUAUUACAACAGUUUUUACCUCGUAAUUUGUUCAACCAUAUUCUAAUGUUUCCAGUGUAUCGCUGCUUAUCAAUUCCUCAACCAAAUGUUAUUUAUUGAAAACAUGGAAAUAGAUUGUAUUUUGUUCCUUUUCUGUAUUAGUUACUACUUUUUCAAUGAAAUGUGUUUCCAUCAUAUUCUUCAGAAUAUAUAGUAUUGAAACCUGUUUACACUGGUGAAAUGUUGGCAGUCUAAAGUUCUCUCUUUGUAUUUAACCUCUCUGUGUGCAUGUAAGUAAAUGUUCAAAUGAUCA